UUGUUUCCUGCAAAUUCUGAGCGGUAUUGAAACCCACCGAUAUGGUUUUGCAGGGCAGAGGGAAUUGGACUUUGGGGCAGGGAAACACUCAAAAGUAGCAACAUUGUAGUCAAAGGGGUGGUAAAAUCUGGGAAAUUCUAUCCGAAAGGUUUGCCCCUACCCUCACCCUUGCUUAGACAGUUACUGUGCGGAACCGGGCUUCGAGGAGACAAAGCUUUGAGCGUCCUCGUUCCUUCGUUUUACAAGGACAUCAAGCUGUAACACCUUAAAUGUAAACUGCCGGCUGAGAGUUUUGCUCUUCGGAAAACACCUACAUUUCCAGCAUGAUGGCAUUUUACAGCAUUCUAACAGCGUUGGUGGUCAUAGAACUUAACGGACUUUGCUUCGCUCAUCCAAUCAACAACGCACCAGCGCCACCAAGAAGAACUUCCGCUCCCUGUACAAGCGGUCCGCUGGGAAUGGAAAGCGGAGCCAUCGAGGACAGCAGAAUAACAGCAUCCUCUUUCAUUAACAGUGGUUUUGAACCACACACAGCUCGACUGAAUGUUGGCAUCCAGGGAUGGAUACCAAGCCUUCCAGCUAACCAAUGGAUCCAGGUCGAUCUCGGUGGACGCACUGCAAUCACUGGAGUUGUGAUACAGGGAUAUAGCACAGGAUCUAGCAACUACAUAACUGCAUUCACGGUGCAGUACAGCGUGAGUGGCGGGUCAGAUUGGCAGGACAUGCUUGACGCAGACGGAGACAUUAUCCGGUUUAGUGUAAGCAGUGGACGACCAACAAAUGUGACGUUCCCCGUGGUACCGAUGGCAAGGUAUCUCCGUAUAUUACCUCAGACCUGGGAUCACAAAGAAUACAGAUUGAGAUUCGAAGUACUGGGGUGUCGAGUAUCAGAUGGAAUGCUUUGGCUAGUAGCCGGUGAUGACGCCCUCAGCGGUCGUGUGGAGAUCUACCACGAGGCUACACUUUCCUGGGGUGCAGUCUGUUCCAACGGCUGGGAUCUAAGCGACGCCCAUAUCGCCUGCCGCCAACACCACCGUUUCCUGGAGGCAGUUCAAGCUGGGGCGAGCUCGGCAGGGACUGACCUCCCGAUCGUUAUGAACCGAGUCGCCUGUAAAGGCACGGAGAAUCGCCUGGUGGACUGCCCGUUUAUUUGCACCGAAUAUCAGCAGUGCAAUAGCUCUCGUGUCGCCACGGUGGUUUGCCGACCCCAAAUGAACACUGUUCGCUUGGUGGGAGGUUCCAACAACUCCAGCGGCCGCGUGGAGGUCUACCGUAGCAACACCUGGGGAAGCAUUUGUGACAAUGACUGGGAUAUCAACGACGCUGCUGUGGUCUGUCGUGUGCUGGGCUUCUCCGGAGCGCAGGCGGCCAAGUCCGGUGCUUACUUCGGUCAGGGCAGUGGUCCUGUCCACAUGGACGGUGUGGCGUGCACUGGAUCAGAGGGUAACUUCGGUGACUGCCCGUCUUCGUGCUGGGAGGAGCCCCAAUGCAGCCACAAUCAAGAUGCCGGUGUCAUCUGUCAAAGUGGAUAGAGACUGGUGUAUCUCUUCGGUGUCCAUGACUCCCUUGACAUUUUCCUGUCUGGACUGCAUCAUGUUGUCUCUCGCUUACACGAUUGUUUUUGGCUUCCAUUGAAUAGAAUGUGUUUUUUAUUGUAUUAUUGUUUUUUAUGUAUUUUUUUCUUAAUCUAUUUCCAAUAGCGCCCAAUCGUGGUUUCGGUCAAAAUUGGAUGGACCGCGAUAGUAAUGGCAAAUCCAAAAGUUUAAAAUUGAUGUAAUAUUUCCGGUAGCUAAAUGAUAUCAGUUUCAUCGUUAUAUAUUACUCAGAAACUGCUAAAACUACUUACAAUGGCAAAUUUAUCUAAGUUUAUCAAACUAAGAUGUCUUCUAGCAAGUCAACUUGUCUAGGUAUGUGAACUGCUUUUGCUUUUAGUCUUGUUACUGUUUAGUACUGACGUGGUUGCAGAAAGAACUAUAAUCGCUGUUUACUCUGUCAUUUAUAUGUAACACAUAUUAAUUAACAAAAAGACGAUAUUUACUCUCUAAGAAUAAUAUCAGUUGCUGUUCGUAAGGUUCGUGCACAAACUCUCUAAAACAUGCACCGAUUCCCAUUUUUUUACACUAUUUCAAUUUUUCUGUACCCCAUUAUGUUUUAUUAUGUGAAUUCUGCCGAUAUAGUCAACAGUUGAAUCCCUAAGAAGGUCCCAAAAUAAAUAAUAUUAAACUUCCAUUUUACACAACGUGUUACAAAGAAGAGAAGCUUCGGUAUCAUUAUCCGAGUCUUCAUUGUAUUAAAAUUACAUCUUUGUCAGGAAUCAGGUCGGGUAAAAUUAAGGAAUAUACAUUAGUCGGUUAAAUAGAGCACGAUUCUGUAGUUUUUUAAAGAAUGUUUGACUUGAACAGUAGCUAGCAGGUAUUGAACUAACAAAAAGUGUUGACAAUUCUGAAUGCUAAAGCUACCGGAAGCCAUCUUGAGAAAAAGGUCUUCAUUUUCAAUUUCAGAGACAAAACUAGGCUAUUUAACGGGAACGAGAAGAUUGCAGUGGUAAAAGUGGCACGGUUUUACUGCAAGAGACACUUGAAAUUGAGUGUUACAAUUUCACCUAUAGAAAACACUGUUUCCUGCAAGUUUGACAUAAACUCACAAUCAUAUUAUGAAAAAAAAUA